GUUGGACUUCGAUUCAAUUGAACCGAUUCAGUGAUUCGCGAAUCAAGCAAGCAGAGACGAACAGUCGGUUGUCGUCAGACCGGUGAGCUGAAUGAAAUGAGAUCAGGCUGUGGACCCCUCCAUGGAAGAGGCCAGCGAUGAGGGGCUUCUACUCCAAGCUGGACUCCUCAUCUCCUCUGAACCUGGCCGUGGAGACUGAGAAAGCUCAGGCCCUGCUCCAGACCUUCAGCACUGCCUCUCUGUUAGCCAGCGCGGGCCUGGGCGCUUUCUGCUUCCUCGCCGACCACUUUCUGACGCUCCCGUUCAUCCAGCACCAUCUGUGGCUCAGGGCGGUGCUCGAUAACGCCGUCCACGGCAUCAUCGGACUCUGGUCAUGGGCCAUCAUCAUCGGUUUGAGGAAGAAAAGUGACUUCUAUGAAGUCGUCUUGGCUGGGUUUCUGGCAUCUAUCAUUGACCUGGACCACUUCUACACGGCUGGAUCAUUGUCACUCAAGGCUGCUGUGAAUCUGUCGCACAGGCCUCCGCUGCACUGCUCCACCCUGAUCCCAGCGCUCUGCUUCUCCCUGCGCCUCCUCAUGUGGGCCUGCCAGCUCAAGGACUCCUGGUGCUCCCUGCCCUGGAUGCUGUUCAUCUCGCUGGCGUCGCACCACAUCCGCGACGGCGUUCGGCACGGCCUCUGGGUGUGUCCGUUUGGAAACACGGCACCCAUCUCUUACUGGCUGUACGUCACCAUCACAGCCACUCUUCCUCACCUGUGCUCGGUGCUCAUGUAUCUGACCGGCACCAGAGACAUGAUCUCCACCAAACACGGGGUCGCCAUCGACGUCUGAAACACUGGCUUGAUUGUGGGCUCGUUAUUUAUUCAAUUAUUGAUAUUUUCCCAGCGACAAUUUAGCAUUGAAUAUAUUUCCAUGAGCUCUUCUCUCCCUCGUUGCCAUUCCAACAUAAUUCGUCCUUCUUCCUCGAGAGAUUUUCAGUACGUUUGAUACUUUUAACUACUGUGGUCAAUCAGGUAUCAGAAAUCAGGUUGUAUUUACUGUGAAGACUGUGAAUAUUUUAAUAUCUAUGAUGUAGAUGAGGGUUGGGCGAUUAAAAAAAAAAUAAUAAUAAUAAUUAAUAAUAAUAUAUAUAUUUUCCAGGCUUUUUGUACAGUAUGCUGUAUAUACAUUUGAUAUAAAAAUCCAUUACAGAGCAAAUGGGGAAAAUUAUAUUAUCGAAAUUAAAUCUCCAUUUUGCAGUAUUUUGGCAAAAUGUAAUAAUAAAAAAUAAUUCAGAAGAAGUAAACACUUUACUUUAGUAAGUAUAAAAUGGAGUUCAUUUUGAAAAUAUAAUUUCUACAUUUGCUGAUCUGGAUUUAAAUCCUCAUUGUUGUCAAGUAGAUAAUAUUUAAUGAUUGCUAAUAUCUAAUACAUUUUUUCAUAUGCAUCAGUAGAACCGUAUGAAGUAAUAAACAACACACUAGAGCUUAGAAAUUUGAGUUAUAAACAAAAACAAAACAAAUUGCUAAUUCAUAAUUGUGAAUUAAUUCACUUUCUAAUUUAAGAUCGUGUGGUCAUAUUAGUGAAUUUUUGGCAAAAAGACCAUUGUUAAUAGUUUAUUUGUCACAUGACCAACUUGAACCUGUUGCGAAAUCUGCGCAAGGAAAUCUUUUGCCCUCCUGAUCUAAUGGCAAUUCGUACAUAUUCUGCGAGUUGCGCAAUUCAUAUUAAUUCAUAGGAUUGAUCUACGCUUCACCUUGCCCCUUAACCUGCCCAUCACUGGGGAAAUUGUACAAAUUUGUAAAAGUGAGGUCGUACGAAUUAGCCACAUCGUAAAAUACGUACGAAUUGGGCGUGAGAUGGCAUUGUUGAUCCCGGUUGAAAUGACUGGAUUUCACACAUGGAAAUGUGUGCAACAGCAGUGAAUGUGACCGCAUCUUAAUGCUGAAAUUAAAAUUAUUAUUAAAAUAUCUGUUUUAAUUCUUAAAAAGAAAGGCUGUGAAUCUAUUAAAAUAACAUUUUAAUAGCUUAAUAAAAAGUGCUUUAAAAACUAGUGCGGUCAUUUAUAUCACUAACUAAAUGGAUGUGAAUGUUGGAUAUUAUCGCCCAGCCCUAGAUAAGUUGGUCUGGAUUCUCUCUUUCUGACUUUAAAAGCUUCAGCAUUGUGUUGUCACAUAUAGCUUAGAGGUAUAGACUUGUCUAUUCAAAUAAUGCCAUUUUAUUGCGUUUAUUUUCAUCAUGAUUCAUGAUGUGUCGUGGUCCACUAAUAGGCAUUGAGAAUGGAUGUUGAUGGUCUUUGUGCUUGUGUAUUUGCGGUUGAGGAUCACUGUAGAUGUACUUGAAGGACGUUAGUCUUUCUGUAGUGUAUUUAAAAGGCAGAAAAACACUUGUAGGUCUAGUUUCACUUGGAAAAGUCCUUAACUAUAAACCUUUUUAAAUGGUAUGGAAAAUGGAAAUACUUUGUUGUUACAAAAUCUUAUUGCUGACUUUAUUUCCAAACCAAAGCUUUGUUUCCGUAUCAUUUACAUGAUUAAACUGUUGUUAAGUGUCUUUGUAUGCAUGCUGCAAUUAACUUCUUGACUCAAGAGGUAGAAGAGUUUGUGUCUUCAUCAUCAAAUUUGGAGAAAUGUAGCAUUAUGUCCCUUGCUCACCAGUGUAUCCUCUGCAGUGAAUGGGUGCCGUCAAACUGAGAGUCCAAACAGCUGAUAAAAACAGAAUAUCCACACCGCUCCAGUCCAUCAGUUAUUGUCUUGUGAAGUGAAAAGCUGUGGGUUUGUAAGAAUCAAAUUCAUUAAGGCAUUUGAACUUUCAGCUGUUAUUUCAGGCCAAAAUAUCCAUCUAUAAUCCAUAAUAACGCUUCCUCCAGUGUUCUCUUACAUCAAAAUCCACCUGCAUAUUUGUUUUGGCUUGUAAACUGUGCUUGAUCUGUACAAGAUGACUUCUCUAGAUAAGUGUUAUUAUGGAAAGAGAAGAGUAUUUCAGCUGGAAGCAACAGUUUAAAAUAUGAAAUUCCCUGCAGAGCAGUCUUUGGUGAGCAGGUGAUGUAAUGCUACAUUUCUCCAAAUCUGAUGAAGAAACAAACAAACAAACAAAUAAAACUGGUAUUAAGUAGCCACAAAGACAAAACGUGUUCAAACUGCUGUUGGGCUAUAGAUCUUGGACUAAAUAUUCAUGUUUUUUUUUUUUUUUUUUUUUUUUUUUUCAGAUCAAAUUAAAACAAACAUUGUUCAAUAUUAGUGUUUACAGCACAAUGUAGAGUUAAUUUAGCAUUGCAUAUGUAUACUGCCACUUAAAAGUUUUGGAUUAUGUUCUUGGUUAAUAUUUUCAAUGUUGUAAAGGGAUUAUACUCUGCCUAAACAUGGUAAGUUAAAUCUUGUGUUUUAUCUUUGUUGCCCCAUUUUGUCUAGAUUCACUAUUCACCCAAUUUCAGAAAUGUUGGUUUUGUCAAUGCUUGAAUGUCGUCACUAUACAUACAUGUUUUUAGGGAGUAUGAAUUGUCAUGUGUUUUCAAACUUUUGACUGGUGGUGGAUAUCUUUUUUUCUUUACUACUUAUUUUCAGAAGCAAUGAUAAAACUGCUUUUAUUAAUUUGUUGUUGUAAUAAGGGAAGCAAUGUUAAGUUAUAUUUUGGUUUGAUUCCUAACGCUUAAGUCAGUUGUAGAGGCCUUGUCAAACCUGCAGAGGGAGAUGUAGACCGACUUUAUCCAUGACCUUUUGUAAAUUCCUUUUCAUUUUAUUUAUUUAUUUAUUUUUAUUGUAAUGGUUACGUUUUAAACGUGUAUUUUAUUUAUAUGCUUUUUUUGCACAUAAUGUUGAUUUGUCAAUAAUGUGAUGUUGAUUGCAGUCAAGAAAUGACUGAAAGCAUUAUUUAUUUCUCACAACUGUCAGUAAAGUUACACAUGCACUUCAA